AUGGGAAACAAGAAGCGCAAAAUCAAAGACUCCGAGAAGCAGCAGAAGAAAGAAUCUUCCGAUGAGAAACCACCGGAGAACAAGCGUCGCAAAAAAGCCAAGUCGACACCACCUCCUGGGAGUUCGGCGAUUGAAUCCAAGUCUGAAUCCAAGUCCAAGUCUCCAGUUAAGACUCCAACACGAAUUAAACAUCCGCGCGAGAUAUCAGAGGAAUCACGCAUUGGAGUCCUGGGAUUUCCAGUGGCUGAAAAGCCAAUACCCCUGCCACAGAAACCUAUGAAAUCCUUGCAGAUCAAAAGCACUACCGAUCUUCUUCAAUACCCUGUGAAAGAAGAUGGAAGAGGCCUUCAUGCCAAAGUCAGCAAAGACCUUCAAACGGAGACCGUGACCUUUCAGCCCACAACCAGCCUUGGCCCCGGUUGUUGGCCUGAGAUCAGAUUCGGAGAACAUGGACCUAUGCCACGAUGGACUCUUAAAGAGAGCAAGCAGGAUAUUCGAAAUGGCAGGGACCUUUCUAUUGAUUUGAUUCGGACUCAUAAAGAUCGAACCAAUAUCAUAGGAGUUGACCAGUAUGCCCACCCUCCUUCUGGUGAUUGGAAGAUUGGUCUCGGGACGCUUGAAUGGAAAUUUGAGCCAGGUCCUCCUGUAAAGUGGAAGGGAUUGACGGAAGCGCAGCUCUAUGAAUUUGCAUAUCUAUGUCUCAUGGAUGCUCUAGGCGAUUAUCGGAGCCGAGAGACUAUUCGUUCGAAAAUCCGCGAAAUGAGAUUCAGAUCUGUCCGCAAUGUGCAAGACCCAUUGCCGCCCCCACCUGCACCACCAAAAGUAACCCACUUUGGACCAAACCCGGGUAUUACUGAAUGGCCGAAGAUGCCCCCUCCGGUGCACGGAGCCUACACUCGCUUUUUCAACGAUUACUGGCGCCCUACUAUGGGCCUUCAUACUGAUUAUAACAGGGGCCUUCUUCGAGUCAAACCUGAUCCUGGGGGGGCCUCAGACAAUCAUUUUUUGACUUCUAGAAUGUUUCAUCAUCUGAAAGGAACUUUGGGCCCGGAACCAGCGAAAAUUAGCGAAUCGCGCGAUCCUAAAGCUUCCAUGUCGCCAGUGGAUAGUGUGGCUAGUAGUGAAGGAAGUGAGCCUCGGAAGUCUUCUCUCUCUAAAGAAUGGGACCCGGAAAAGGCGACUGGCCAUUCUAAACAUCUUAGAGCUGGCGGAGUUGUCGCAAUGAGUGAGUACAGAUUUCUAUAUUUCUUCGUGGUCAUUCUCAUACUUAGCAUGUUUCUUUGUCUUUUCUUAUAUGCUUUCAAAAUUAUCAAGUGA